AUGAAGAAGCUAGCUGCUGGCUUCCUUCUCUCAUUCCUGAAGGUGCUCCUUCUAAAUCUAGCACCUGCCCCAGCUGAAGAUUCGACUUCGAGCUCCUCUCCAGGCAGUCCUCUGUCUGUCACCGAGUAUGAACAUUUCUUUGCACUGCUGACCCCAACCUGGAAAGCAGAGACUGCUUGCCGUCUCCGUGCAUCCCAUGGCUGCCGGAACCCCACACUCGUCCAGCUGGACCAGUAUGAAAACCAUGGCUUGGUGCCUGAUGGUGCUGUCUGUUCAGACCUCCCUUAUGCCUCAUGGUUUGAGUCCUUCUGCCAGUUUGCUCAGUAUCGUUGCUCCAACCAUGUCUACUAUGCCAAGAGGGUCCGGUGCUCCCAGCCCAUCUCCAUUCUUUCAUCUAACACUAUCAAGCAGAUUGACAGUCCAGCUGAAGUAGCACCCACCCUGUUGACCUCUCGUGUAUCAUCAUCUGCCACAGCCACAGAGCGAAAGGCCUUCCAGCCGUGGCCUGAGAGGCUUAACAACAACGUGGAGGAGCUGUUGCAGUCACCCUUGAACUUGGGAGGUCAGGAGCAAGUGCCAGGUCUCAAGCAACAGCACAAGGAGGAGCAAGGGCUAGAGCAUAAGCAAGGGGAGGAACGAGAAGAGCAAGAGGAACAGGAGGAAGAGCAGGAGGAAGAGGAGGAGCAAAUAGAGGAGACAAAGCAUGAAGGACAGGAGACAGAGGAGGGAGUGGAGGCAGUGUCUGGACUGCAGAUGAUCCCAGAGUCUAAGUUUCAUUCUGAAUCUUUAUCUUCCAACCCUUCCUACUUCACUCCCCGGGUGCGGGAAGUGGAGUCUACUCCUAUAAUGGAGAAUGUCCAAGAACUCAUUCGAUCAGCUGAGGAAAUAGAUGACGUGACUGAAGGGUAUGAGAAGGACACCCUGAAAAAUCCAAACCGUGGCAGCCUCCUGCAGCUGCCCCACACUGAGGCCAUGCUGGUGCUGUGCUACUCGAUUGUGGAGAACACCUGCAUCAUGACUCCCACAGCCAAGGCCUGGCAGUACAUGGAGGAGGAAGUCCUCGGUUUUGGGAAGUUGGUCUGUGACAAUCUUGGACGGCGACACACAACUAACUGUCCCCUCUGUGACUUCUGCUCCCUCAAACUGGAGCAGUGCCACUCGGAGGCCAACCUACAGCGACAGGUGUGCGACAACACCCACAAAACAGCCUUCAUCAGCCCCUUCCUCUCAUCCCAGAGCACAUCCAUCGGCACCCAGGCAGGGCCUAAACAAGGAGGCCGCUUUUACGGACUGGAUAUGUAUGGAGGGCUCCGAAUGGACUUCUGGUGUGGUCGACUCGCCACAAAGGGCUGUGAAGAUCCUCGAGUUGCCAGCUGGCUGCAGACUGAGUUCCUCAGCUUCCAGGAUGGAGAUUUUCCCACUAAGAUUUGUGACACAAACUUUGUGCAGUACCCAAACUAUUGUGCUUUCAAAAGCCAGCAGUGCUCGCUGAGAAACCAAGACCAGAAGGUGUUCCGUAUGAGAUGUCUGCGCAAUGAGACUUACAGUGUGAUUACCCAGGCCAAAAGCGAGGAUCUUGUGCUUCACUGGAGCCAGGAGUUUAGCACCUUGACCCUAGGCCAAUCUGGAUGA